GACACGGAUAACUCCAUUUUGGAAAACAGCUGUUUGAAGACACAACCUUUUUCUCGUUGUUUGCAGACGGUACCCCGAGAAAAACACCCAAGCUUUAACACACACACACACACACCCCUCUCUCUCAUCACCACCACAUUUUUUUUAUCCACACUAUCGGUCUAGUUCGGCGUUAUUGCUGCUUUUUUUUGUCCGACUGCCAGGAAACUUAACUGGGGGAUCCAUGGUGUUCCGUUUCCAUUGUAACAAGUGGAUAACAGGAGGCGACCCGACCAAGGUGUAAUGAGAGCGCUGGUCAUGGACAGAUGAUGGACGUGGAGACGUCGUACUCAGACUUCAUCAACUGUGAUCGCACAGGCCGCAGGAACGCAGUGCCCGACAUCGCCGGGAAGGGGGAGGCAGCGGCCAGCACCAGUGAACUCACCAAAGACCUGGCAGAGAUGGACCUGAAGGCUGCAGGCGACCCGGGGGCCUCCCCAGCCACUGAGGCCGAGGGCUCCACCAGCCAAGAUGCCCAGGGAGGCGGAGGCCCGUCCUAAACGCAGCCAGAGGCCGAAGGGGGGAGGGGGGGAGGCCCGAUCCAAGGAGUGCAAAGUAGAAAGGAAGCAAGCGAAAGUGGAGAGACAUGGAGAAAGGAAAAGAGUGUAUAUCGGUCGUCCAAUGUGGACACGAGGACACCUUCGCUCACUGCCAGCCUGUUUGGAGCUUCAGCGGCCCGAAUGGACGCCUUCUCAUGGGGUCUGGUUGUAGAAGGGACAGCCUAGAUGCUUCAUUCUCUGUUGGUCAUUUAUAUUCCCGACGAGGCGAAGAAAGCACAGAAAACCUUGCAUUUACGUCUGAAGAGGGACUGAGCUGAGUUCAUUUCUAGCACUCGAAACAUUUGUUCCAACCUGAAUAUGGAGCUGUGUCGUAGAGGUCGUAUUCAUAAUCAUCCGUUUGUCAGUUUUUCUUUCUAUGUACAUGUAUGCGUGUGUGUUUGUGACCCUCUUGUCCUUUUUUUUUCAGUAACAAACAUAAUCGCCAUUAUACUGUUGUGUACGGACUUCAUAUUUAUUGAUUAAUGUUCGGUGAUAACUUUGUGAUAGCAAUUUUCUUAGUGUAAUAAAAAAAUGUAUGAA